AUGCCUCCCCAGGUCUGGCUCAUUACCGGUACUUCUUCCGGCUUUGGUUCGCAAUUCGUGAAAGAAGUGAUUGCACGCGGGGACAAGGUAAUUGCGACUGCACGGAAUGUGGAACGAAUCUCACAUAUGAGAGAUCUCGGUGCCGCAACUCUACAACUCGAUGUCACUGCAUCUCAGGAUGAGCUCAACCGCAAAGCCAAGGAGGCUAUAUCCAUUUAUGGAAGGGUUGACAUACUGGUGAAUAAUGCUGGAUAUACUCAGUUUGGAAUAAUUGAAGAGAAUAGCCAUGACCAAUGGUUCACUCAAUUCAACACCAAUGUCUUCGGAACUUUGAACACCACCAGGGCUUUCCUGCCGCAUCUGCGGAGUAACAAGGCUGGUGUAGUAGUAUUCAUUGGUUCGAUGGUUGCUUGGGACGGGUUGCCAGCUGUCGGGGCCUACUGCGCUUCGAAGGCUGCAAUUCACUACGCUGCAGAGUCUCUAUCGAAGGAGCUGGAGCCGAUCGGAAUCAAAACGCUCAUCGUUGAACCAGGCGCCUUCCGCACGGAGCUUCUGAACCAGGCGGGAAGCAGCAGAGCCGUCUCCAAGAUUGAAGAUUACCGAGUUAUUUCAGAGGCUGUAGCCAAGAAUUUUGACGACUUCAACGGAAACCAGCCCGGCAAUACUGUGAAAAGUGUCCAACGCAUUGUCGACGUUGUUAAAGGAGAGAAAGAAGCCACGGGCAAGCCAUGGCCGAGUUCGUUGCCGUUGGGGUCGGAUGCAGUCUGUACUAUUCGCAAGAAAUGCGAGCAAACACUCCGAGAAUUGGAAGCGUGGGAGGACUUUGCCAAGUCGACGGAUAUUUAG